AUGGAUCCUGCUACGAGUGCAGCGCCGUACGGAGGCGAAAUCCUCUCCGGCCGGGGUGCUGAGGCACACUGUAGCGCUCACUCCGACCCGUCCUACUCGUCCUCCCCCUCGUCAGUCGACUUCCUCCUCUUCGCCCCCAUCUUCUCCCUCUUCUCAGCUGCCUACCUGGAGCUGGCGCCUCGGCUGGCGCCCCGGGCGUCGUCACCCGCCGCCUCCAUGGCCGUCGAGGUCACCAACACCGUCUUCUACUUUGGGGGCUUCAUCGCCCUGGCCAUCUUCCUCAGCCGCCUCCGCUUCUGCACCGGCGCCCUCUGCGCCGUCGCCCGCGCCACCUCGGUCGUCGCCGCCGCCGAGUUCGCCUCGUGGAUCGCCACCGCCAUCCUGCUGGCCAAGCUCCUCUUCCGCGGCGGACCCGAGCACGGGAACGGCGUCCACUCCGUCCAGCCCUUGGGCACGCAGAUGCGCCAGAAGCAGAUGCAGGAGGAGAGGGAGGCUGGCAUGAGGCGCACGCAGGAGCAGGAGCAGCAGCGAGACGUCUAG